GAAAGCUGACAGGAUAUUAUCGCGUGUUCGCGAGCGCGCGCGCGUGUGUUUGGUAGUAGUGUGGAUAGUGCAGCAGAAUGUUAGGAAAAGUUUUGACUUCGCUGCUUCUUCUCGCUGUCUUCUUCUAUGAACCCGCUGAGGCGCAGAAGAAGAAAGAGACUCUGCUGUCAGAGAAGGUGACGCAGAUGAUGGAGUGGGCCUCCAAACGGUCAGUCAUCAAAAUGAAUGGAGAUAAGUUUCGUCGUUUUGUCAAGGCUCCCCCUAGAAACUACUCAGUGGUCAUCAUGUUUACAGCACUGCAGCCACAGAGACAAUGUGGAGUGUGCAGGCAAGCUGACGAAGAGUUCCAGGUGUUGGCUAACUCCUGGCGUUUUUCUUCUGCCUUUACCAAUAAAGUCUUUUUUGCGUCUGUUGACUUUGAUGAAGGAUCAGAUGUAUUUCAGAUGCUGAAUAUGAAUUCUGCCCCAACAUUCCUCCAUUUCCCAUCCAAAGGAAAACCUCGAAGGUCUGAUACAUAUGAGCUCCAGGUCCGAGGCUUCGCGGCUGAGCAGCUGGCUAGAUGGGUGGCAGACAGAACUGAUGUACAAAUCCGUGUCAUUCGUCCUCCCAACUAUGCAGGGCCUCUCCUGCUGGGAUUCCUUCUGGCUGUGAUUGGUGGACUUGCAUAUCUACGAAGACACAAUUUAGAGUUUCUCUUUAACACAAAUGUCUGGGCCUUCUCCGCACUGUGCUUUGUCCUGAUCAUGACUUCAGGGCAGAUGUGGAACCACAUCAGAGGACCACCUUAUGCUCACAAAAACCCCAGCACAGGACAAGUUAGUUACAUCCACGGCAGCAGUCAGGCACAGUUCGUGGCGGAGACACACAUCGUCCUCCUCUUCAAUGCGGCUGUUACCAUGGGAAUAGUUCUACUGUGUGAAGCUGCUACUUCAGACAUGGAUAUUGGAAAGAGAAAGAUUAUGUGUGUUGCAGGUAUUGGUCUAGUUAUGCUGUUCUUCAGUUGGUUGCUGUCGAUCUUCCGAGCCAAGUACCAUGGAUAUCCAUACAGCUUCCUGAUGACUUAGUGCUGAUCAGCUCCUCCAGAGUCAAAGCAAGUAUAGGUCAGAGGUCAGCCGUUCUGCAGGGUGCUGUCCACAGCAUCUUUGAUGAAAAACUGUUUGCCAAGCCAUGGUUUGUCCUCUGAUCUGUUUAAUAAAAGUCAGUACAUCAUAUACAUACGGUGCCUUUUACAAAAUCACAAGUGGUUCCUUUACCAACGACAGAGCUCUGAUCGCUGCUGUGCAACAUGAACAGUCAUGUACCAAAAGGUGUCUUCUUGGUCCGAACUUUGGCCAAAUUGUUUGUUUUUGAUUAAUUUCUAACCUGCAGAUUUCCCGCUGUGUUUUUGUCUUAAAGUACAGACAUGAGUCAGGACUGUUUAGUUCUUGUUGCUAAGACCUCAGCAGACAUUAUAGUCUGUUGUUGCUGUGACUCUUAGGAUCCAGCAGUAGUACUCUGUGUGCUAUUUGUACUAAAAAGGUUUUGUUAAAACAUCAGUUUAGCCCAUAUAUGGAUCUGUUGGUGCACUUACGCGUUUCUUUUUUAUAUACAAAUACUUCCCUCCUUUAGUAAUACUCUGCUUGAUUUUUACUGAGUUUGUACACUUUUGUUGCAGUUAGGCUAACAGGAACAGAGAUCGUGUUGGAGAAAGUAGUUCUUGUUAAACUUUCCCCAUAAACUCUGAGCUCAGAAAUACUGAUACCAGGAGUCACUUUGGCAAACAGUAAAUAGAGAGCAUAGUCUUGAUUUUAAACCCACAUUUAAAUUUAAAUGUGAUAUUUAACAUUUACACUCUAUUUGCCCCAGGAACUGUUAAAGUUAGCUGUGUUUCCUGUGUUUGGGGUUAACAAACCGAGUUUUCACUAAACCUGUUUUCGGGAUCACGGCCCUCACACAUGUAAAAUAUGAUCUGUAGAAACAGAAGUUAUUUUCAUUACAUGGUUCAGUAAAAUUCAAUAAUCAGGUAAUCUUUGGUGUCUUAUUACUGUGAUCACAGCCCUUUUGUUUUUAAAUGAAAAAUGUCAGAUUGUAUGAAAAUAUGUUGAUACUUUGUUGUCAAGCUAACUGUUCACAUUUGGGAAUUCUUUCCAAAUGGGCCUUAUUUGCAGAGCAUGAUGGGAUUCAUGUGUCUUUAUGUGUGUAUACAUGAGGACUGGGAGAAGGUUGCAUUGUGUGUAUUAUGCUUUAAAUGUGUGUUGUUGCUGCGUUAUCAAGUUCAACAAAGAGGGAAUAUUUGAUCAGAGCUGACUGUUGCUGAUAUUAAAGUGUCUUAACUGAG